UUUGGUUCUUCUCUCUUUCGAGUUUCUUCUUCCAACUCUGCCACCAUGGCUAACACUGACCUCGCCAGAACCGUCAUUGGAAUAAUUGGAAAUAUCAUCUCUUUUGGCUUAUUCUUGUCUCCCCUCCCAACGUUUGUAAGAAUAUACAAGGCAAAGUCGGUGCAAGAGUUCAAGCCUGAUAUCUAUUUGGCCACAAUUGUGAAUUGUUUGAUGUGGAUGUUCUAUGGAUCUCCACUUGUGAGCAAAAACAACAUCCUUGUCCUCACCACCAAUGCCAUAGGCUUCGUCAUUGAGAUCUCCUAUGUUCUAGUCUUCUUCCUUUAUGCUCCUUGGAGCAAACGUAAGAAGAUCCUACUUGUCCUUUUGAUCGAAGCCAUAUACUGUGUGGUAUUGGUAUUUUGCAUCCUGCACUUCGUUCACACCCUCAAGCAAAGAACCUUGAUUAUUGGGAUUAUUUGUAUCGUGUUUAAUAUCCUUAUGUACGUUUCACCCUUGACGAUCAUGCGUUUAGUGAUUAAAACGAAGAGCGUGAGGUACAUGCCUUUCUUGAUUUCGCUUGCUAACUUCGCCAAUGGAGUCAUCUGGGUGAUUUAUGCUCUCUUCAAAUUCGACAUCAACCUUGUGCUUCCCAAUGGAUUGGGAGCACUUUCCGGACUGGUGCAGCUCAUCCUCUAUGCCAUUUAUUACAGAACAACCGAUCGGCGAGACGAAAAUUCACAAAUCGCUAUGAGCAACGUCUAAUCACCGUUUGGAUGCCCAGAAAUACCAUUUAUGAGAGCGAGUCCUCAAAAUAUUGUUUCAUACCGUUAAAAUUUUGGUCAUUCUUUGGGCCAUACUACAUGCAUACACACAAGAUCUUAUCACAUAGAAGCUUAACAAUUCUGUAUCACUUUAUAACUCAAAUCAAAUGACAACAGAUUUUUCUCUUUACAUAAC